CUCAGCUCCCGCGGCCCUCCAGCCCGGCUCCGAUUGGCUAACUGCUGGGGCGGAGCCUCCCAAGCGUUGCGACUUCACCUGUGCCAGGAGACGGAAGUGCUGCCUUCCAGACCGCCUCAGGAAGGGCGGAAGAGAGCGGCGUGGGAGGAAGUGGCUUCGGUGAGGGCGGAAGGCGGGGCUCUGGGCACGCCUGCCUGUUCCCCCGCCGGGCUGUGGCCAUGGAACUCAGCGCAGACUUCCUCCGCGAGAAGCUGCGGCGGGACCUGGAGGCAGAGCAUGUGGAGGUGGAGGACACGACUCUGAACCGUUGCGCGACCAGCUUCCGAGUCCUGGUGGUGUCCGCUAAGUUCGAGGGAAAGCCAUUACUCCAGAGACACCGGCUGGUGAAUGAAUGCCUAGCAGAAGAGCUCCCGCACAUCCAUGCCUUUGAGCAGAAAACUCUGACCCCAGAACAGUGGACCCGAGAGCGGCCGAAAUGAGGGACCCGAGCCUGAACAGCCAUUAAAUUGUAAAUCAGGUCCA